CUGAGGCAGCUCUGCCAGGAGACUAGCAGCUACGGAAAAGGAGAAAGUGUCGCUGAGAGGAGCAGAAAUCCUCCAACUGCCGCGCUGCGUUCAGUGAUGUAGAGACAAAGGACUCAGUUUCUCUUUAAUAAAACAGCAGGACCCAUGACCCUGACACGAGGUUCCUUCAGCUACUCCAAUGGCGAGGAGUACCACGGCGAAUGGAAAGAAGGUCUGCGUCAUGGCCUGGGUCAGCUGACCUUCAGCGACGGGACGUGCUACACCGGGCAGUUUGAGAACGGCCUCUUCAACGGCUGUGGGGUGCUGGUCUUCCCAGACGGCUCCAGGUAUGAAGGUGAAUUUGUUCAGGGCAAAUUUCAAGGUGCCGGCGUCUUCACUCGCUUCGACGGGAUGAGGUUUGAGGGCGAGUUCAAAAGCGGAUGCGUGGAUGGCUACGGAGUGCUGACGUUUUUGGACGGAGGCCCCGGCGGCGGUGGCGGCAAUGAGGGCGUGUUCGAGAACAACCAGCUGAUGAGGAGGGAGAACAGCCAGGGAGCCGUGCAGAGAGCGCAGGCAGCAGCCACCAAGGCCCGAGCCCUGGCCAUGUGACCCGGACUACAUCACCCAGAGUGCCCCAGUACCAGGAUCAUCCUCCCCCCAUCAUCCUCCUCUUGGUUUGAACAGCUGAUAUUGUUAUUAUGUUAAUUCUUGCACCUGCAGUAUUCUCUGGAGUAGAAAUCAAUGGCUCCAGUAAGCUGAUAUGUGUUCAGUGUAUAUAAGGCUCUUUUUUGCAUCCAAUUAGAAAGCCACUGAUUCAGGAUCAGCUGAGCCAAACCCAGAUUAACUGUUCAGUCAACACACUGGUGCUAACUCAGGCUCAGCUAACCUGACAAAACGAAAAAAAAAACUCUAGAUUCAACAGCCUAUAUGGGCGUUUUCCAGUAAACACUGAUCUGGUGAUUUUCAUGUCAAAGAACGUCCAGACAUCUGAUUGAAACUGGGCAGAACUUGGUUAAAUUUAAAGUCUACAUGGGGUUAGGGGUUUACGGAGCCCCGGAGAGAGAGAAAAGUAUAUAUCAACCGCUACAAAUGCUAUUACGUGCGUGUAUCACUUUUGAUUUUCCGGUGUUUGAUUUAAUGUCGCCCGAACUUGCGGUGGCACAGUACAGUUCAGACAAUGUGAGCUUUAUUAACUAACUAUUGUAGCAUUGAUCAGUUAACAUAAUUCUACCAAAUCUUCCUGUCUACUAACCAAGACAAUAAGUACAGGUAGGAGUGAAUAUGAGUGAAAUGAAUAGUUAAACAUCUUUCAUUCACCAAUUAGCAUUUCGAGCUGUAAAAUAUGGCCUUGAUACAUAUAUUAUUUCCUCUCUAUGGUCACUCUGGGGCUCCAUCAGGAUUCAGUGGCAUUUUAUAGAAUCUAAAUCUGAUUAUUGAAUCUGCAUCUCAAAUCCCUGAUUGAAUCCCUUAUUGGUUCUAAUUAGGUUUAGUUUUUCAACAUUUGAAAGUAAUUAAAGUUAUUAAUAACUAAAACUCAGAGAAUCAAUUUAGACUUGUAAUUAUCUUUUGUUGCCUGAGAAGGAAGAACUUUUUUAAUGGCAGCCUAAUUAAUGUUUACAACCGCCACCUGAAAAUGAGAUGAGAUAGAAGAAGAUAGAAACAUGUGAAACAACAGCUGAAGCUUACUUACUUUCCACACUUUAUCAUUAACAAGUUAGUUGCUGCAGCUUUUGGGGGGGCCUGAGGAGGCUCACUCUGGGGCCACAAACUCUCUGAAAACACACCCUGCUCAUCCUAGAAAUCCUGAAAGAUUCACACAGACACACGCAGGCUUAAUUAAAGAUUCCAACACAUAUAUCUCUUUGAAUUCAAAACGGAACAAAAAAGUUAAUAGGAUUAAACUAUUGAUAGGUAUUAAUAGAUAUGCAUAAAAGUUACUAAAAAGCCUCUUUGUAUGAUCCAUAUAAGUAUCGGAGCCGUAUGCUUCACUGUGAAAAGCUAGUUAGCAGCUAUGAGUCAUUGUUUUCUCUAUUGUAUAUUAACUAUAGCUAUAUUGCUACUGUUGCUUCAAUAAUUACAUACAUUUAAUAAUCGACAGAAUACUCGAUUACUUAAUUAAUCGAUAGCUGCAGCCCUACAUAAAAGGUUAAAAGACUCCUGACUGACUCCUGAUUAUAACAAUGGGCUCAGGUCCCGACUGUAGUGAAUGUGGGACGUCGCUGUCUAACAAAUCUUUGAGAGCACACCGACCAAACAACAGUCGGAUCAGUCUGAUCUGUUCAUGUGUGGAGUUAACAUUAAUUAGAGAUAAACUGAUGAUAAUCAGAUAAUCUGCCGCCAGUGAUCUUCUGUCGCUUUAACCUGUGAGGUUAACCAGGAGCCGGCUAAUGUUGCAUAAAUUAUCUGCACAUUCCUAAGGAGAGAAAACUUUAGCUCUGAACCCUACUCUACAUCCUGGAUGUAUAAAACUGCAUUUAAAUGACAAGAUUUAAGACCUGCUUGAUAUUGAAAUACAGUUAUUUAAAUACCGUUAAAACAGUUUUGGUUUCCCUGAAAGAACUAUGUAAUUUGGUACUAAUUACAGGGGACACUGAAACAAUACUGGAUUGGUACACCUUAAAUUAAUGACCUCAAAUUAAUUCCAGUUUUCCUUAUCCAAAUUUAGGGUAAUUGGUGAGAGCGUGUGUUCUGCUCUACAGAGUGAAAACUGUUUGAGGCAAGGUUGUAAUUUCUUUCUUUUGAGCUAUAUAAUUAAAAUAAGAAAAAGGUCAGCUGAGAAUGCAAACAUGUUAAAUUUGUGUAUAGAAAAAGCAUCAAAUAUGGUGAAUAAAAUGUCAAACAGUAAUUGCAUGAUGACAAAAUAAAAUUGAGCAGGCAGUUUAAUCCUGUCGAAAUAGCUGCUUAAAAACUAAUUUAAAAUAACUGAAAUAACAGACCUUUGCCUGCAUGCUGCAAAGCAAGACUUCCUAAGAAAUUACCUUCUUUUCAACCAAAUUUCUGGACACACUUUAAAUUGCCAGAUCAGUGCUCAUUGGGUUUCCUGCCUUCCAGUUAAAAGACGCAUUUGUUAUAACAUCUGACCUCUUUUGGUGCUCUGGUAUUUAAAUAUAGUUUAUUGUAAGCUAGCGAAAUGUCAGAAGGGUGUAGAUCUCGGCUGAAGUACACGUGAGCCGCAUCUUUUGUUGUUUUCUUUCACUCAGUGCCGUUACAGCUCAGUCUGAUCACAGAUCAGCGGGAACAUCCCCCUCAGUGCCAACCACGCAGUGCCAACAGGCUGCAGCUGAUCCGGAACCAGUGGCUCGUCAUGAGAGAGGAAGCUGGGGGUGUAGAGGAUGGGGAUGGAAAGGCCAGCAGCGUUCAGGGCGCAGUGCUGAAAGAAGAACCCAGAGAGUUUUACAUUCGGAGAAGAGAAGCCGGAUGCUUUGCUGGUCAAAGGGAUGAAAUAGAGGCUGGGUGUCAAAUGACUGGCUGAACUCGAGGGGUUUCAUUCCAGAAAUGCAGGCAAAGGACCUUUUCUUCACGUGAAAUUUGAUAUUUUUAAACAAGAAUAAGAAAAAGAUCAUUAUAAGAAAAAGAUCAUUUGUAAUCUGCAUCAGGAAUCCAUUAUGUGCUUUGCCUUAAAGUCAGGACUUAUUUACCAAAACAAGACUUCAUUAUUGUUUCAAAUGGUUUCUUUCGCAUGUUUUUGAAAUGAAACUCCUUUCCAGCGAGGCAAAAACGCUCUGCUCUGCUUUAUGCAGCUUGUUUUUAUUAGUCUGUUUUUCCCAUCCCUAAUUAAUGAUGUCACUUUCAGUGUUUAGUGUUUGUGUAUAAAUCACCCCAAAAUCCCUCCACCCCACUCAGAGGAGUGAAAAAAAAAAGGGAGGUAAGCAUCACUGUUGUGAACUUAACAAAGCUUGUGAUAAGCUCUAACACAUAUUUCAUGCGUGCAUCGUGCCUGCUGGGAAUCAGCGUCUGUCUGUGUAAUGACACCCAUGUGUAGACGUGCCACAUGUGUGUGUAUAGUCGUACUGUGGGUUGGUGGGUGGGUUGGUGGGUGGGGUAUUAAAUAGGAAAAUGGACUUAAUUUUCGGUUAUGUGAUUAUCUCCGAUUAAUUUAGGAUGUGGUUCGGGGGGCUGAUGUCUUCCCUACUGACCAAUUUUACAGCGACAUUGAAAACAGUCGGCCUAUUGGAGGCAUCACACCUUUUAAUUGGCUCUGGGAUUCGAACAGAGACACUGUUAAAUGGAGCUGACUGUUGCCUUUAGCUGAGACGGGGGGGGUGCGAUAGGCACUUCAAUGAUCUGUCAGUCUUGGACACUGUGUUAUUACCAGGCAAAAACCUUGUGGCUUUGUUUUUUUUAACAUUGUUCUUUAUUGAACUCAAUGAUCCCACGUUCCUUCACAGUUUGAGAAAACAUUUAGGGAUCACGUAACCCUUUAAAACGCACCUUAAAAUCUCAACUUGAAAAGUUGCCGUUUGAUAUUAACAUAAAAAAGGUUUUCACUCAACAGCAGCAGCCGUCAUCAGUCACACUGUCCGUAUUCGAUGUCACUGAGUUCAUCUUUCACUGUGAUGAGUCUCGAAAUCCACCCUAAAACAGAAUUCACUCAUUUCUAUCUGUCGAGCUGAAUAACGAGACACUUUAUCAAACAGCUCGAUUGACUCGGUUGAAAUUGUCUUAAUCCCUCAGCUGUUCGAGCUACAAUUAAAUAGACCUCAGUAUUAUCAUAAAAACUCAGCCAACCACAGAAGACAACCAUGAAGAAGUCUUAAUAUUUAAACUACAACAGACCUGGGUUGUCUUUUUAACGAGGCAACGCAGCUGUUGACCGUAUUAUCAGAGAAUGACGAUGUCCUCGUCCAUUGUGACUGACAGCUUAAAGGAACGGUUCCAGAUUUGGGGAAAUGCGCUCUUUUGUUUUCCUGGCGAGACUUAGAUUAGAACGUGAUACCGCUUUCAUGUUUGAAGCUACAGCCAGCGGGCAAUAAGUUAGCUUAGCAUAAAGACUGAAAACAGGAGGAAACGGCGAGCUAUGCUCUGUCCGAAAGUAAAAAACUCCAGCCAGGCAAGCUGUUCUUUUAUGCUAAGCUAAACUACAAGAAAGCAAAUAAAUAUGUUUCCCAAAAUGUCGAACUAUUCCUUUAAGGGAACAGUUUACUGUCUCGCCCCACAUCAUGAUGAAAAGACAGAUACCAAUUUUAUCUGCUUGGACGGCUAACAUUAGCCAGAGCGAUGCUAGCAGUUUCCUACUGCUUCCAGGCUUUGUGCUAAGCUACGCUAAACACAUCUUGGACCUUUAAUAUCAAUCAUUUGAUAAGACAACAAUAAAGUGUCUUCCUAACUGUCCAAUAUUAAUAUUUUAAAACUCGUUACAGACUUGAAAUGAAAUUCUUCAUCUGAAUAUUCUGUUUUAGAUGCGAUUUCAAACAAUCCGAGGAGACUCGAUGCCUUUUAAAUGGCUUAUUUUAACAAAACAUGUCAGUUUUGAGGUUGUCAUUGAGGCUAUAUGACUGUUUAUUUUACACCCGGACUCUGUCGUCGUUGUUUCUCUUCAAAAUCUUAAGUUGAAUGUAAAAUUAGAGUUAUUUUCUCUGUGUAUUUAAAAAAAAAGUUUACUUGUGUCACUUAUUGUACACACGUGAAGGACCGGAGAUUUAAUCAGUGUAUUUUCAUUGAUUCACAGUGUUCACACUCACACACACACACACACACUUACACACACAUUUACACACACACGCGCACUCACACUGUGCCGGCCUGAUGUACGGCAGCAACAAAGCCAAACCCCAUUACUAUAAUCACCACUAUAAUGACAAUAUUAGGGAAAGAGCAUUCCACGGCUCUGGUUACUGUUGUUCAUGAACAACACAGAGGGAGUUUAACAAGUGCCUGAACAAAAAAAAAACCUUCUUCUACUGUGCUUUGAAUACUUUGAAUACUGCCUGACCGUUUUACUACCUUUUUCUUAAGUGUCGCUGUUUAUUUUAUUUUUAUUUUAUAUUUGUCUUUUCUCUGCUUAAUGAAGAAAAGUAAAGGCAGUGUGGGGGCAGAGGACAGUGGUCCACCAGUAUACGUCACACUCUGGUAAGAUAACAGUCUGAUGAUUAAUGACCCGACCGACUCACUGCCUUCACUCACUGCAUCUGCUUCGGGCUCAGUUUUAGGCAGAACAGCUGAUUUCAAAUAUGUUGAAGACAGUUGAUGUAACGCCAUUUACAUUAAAAGCUUUUUAAAAUAACACAAUUAUUCAGGAAACGUUUUCAUUUUCAACAACAGAAGGACGAGAAAUGAAAUGGUUCAGGUCCCACAUUAUCUAGCCGUCGCAAUUUUAUUUUGAAAUUGAUUUGGACUCGGUCAAACUGCACCGAUUUCACACCUUAAGAUUAGACUUAAUGUGAGGGUGACCGGAUGAGAGUGGGUAGAAUUUAGGACGGGGGGGGGGAGUGGUCACGUGGCCAAUCUUAAGUUUCCAUUAUGCACAGGUGACAGGUAUGUUACAGUCGUUUUCAAACAUCGACUGCAUCCGGUGUUUAAAACAGGUCGAAUGACAUCAACAAUCUGUUAUUUCUUAUACAGACAGGUGAAAGGACAAAAUCCUCUUACAUAUUUAAUAUAUUUUUACAAUACAAGCAGUAAUUAUAAGCUACAUAAGUGAUCUGAUCAGGAUAUUUUCACAGAUUCAGAGAGUAAAAAAAUAUUCUGUCUACUAUAAUUAAUGUAGACUAAUUGAUAAUUUAAUGAGUGGCUUCUCUCAUUAGAGUCCUCUUUAUUCUGGUGACAGCCACAGCUCGUAGCUUGUAUCUCUGUUAUGUUAUUGAUUAUUCAUGAUGAGUUGGCAGCGCUCCAAAAAUACACACUACGUUCAGAGCAGUUUUUUUUCUAUAUUAAUGUGUCACCACGUCAGGUCUCAACAUGUUUGCCUUCAAGUCUCAAGUCGAAUCGAGUCUCACAGCCUACAGACGAUUUCUUGCUAUUAACGGUUCAUUUUCGAUUAAUCUUAUUUUACUUACUAUUUAGUAACUCUUUCCUUUAUAGUCAUUAUCAUUAUUAUUAUCAUUAUUAUUAAAAUGUUGCUUUCUUUUAAAGUAAAGUCACAUUUCAACAAAUGAUAAUAUAAAAUAAUAACUUUCUAAACAGGACGGGAUUCGGGGAAUGUCCCGAAUUUCAAAAGAAAGUUCACGUCUGGUCACGUUAAAUCCGCCUGUGAGGACAGUUGUAUAAAGUGCUCGGUGGCUCUGAGGGACCUCUCUAAAGUCCGAGAUAAUUACCCUGAUGAUGUCAUAGUGAUGAUGCACAGUACUGGACUCUGAUUGGCCGACGGGAGUGGCUCUGCAAACUCAAACGAGGCGAACCUGACAAAACGUAGCGAAACAUUUCUCUGUACGGAAAUGGUGGCGCGUUGAACACCCUGUUGGGUAGGCAAGCGCACUGUUUCGGUGUUUAUAUACACGUUGCUGCCGAUUGGGUAACACCUCUGACACACUCGCCAAGUGAGAGAAAACGUACGUCAAAGCUCGUUGCACACCGUCUCCAGGAAACAUGCCAGCUUUUCUAGUUGAGCUGCUGAUUGUGUGAAAUGUAAAAAAUCACAUCUUACAACAGAAUUUGAAUAAUUAAGGUUCUUCUCGACCUCGGACCAGAUAGAGUUUGCUCAGUUGCUCAUCAGUGGUUCCCAACCUGUGGGUCGGGACCUCCACUAGGGGUCGCCAAAGCUUCACAACCUCCUUGAUUUUAAAGGGGUGUAAGAAAACGUAUUAUUUUUUAAUUUUUCAUUAUUAUUUAAGAUCUCAAUAGCCUCGUCCUGCAUCAGAUGUUAAAGUAUGCAGUUAAAACAAAGAGUUCAUAAAAUUUGUAAUCAAAAUUUACAGGAAAUAAUCUGCUCAAAAUUCAGCCAAAUCUCUCGUUUACACAAACUUCCUGCAGUUGUUGUGUUCACUGGUUGUGUUCAUUGUACAGUUUAUCAGCUGUUCUCUACUGUUAUUGUUAUACAUUGAAUAGAAUAUGAAAUAUCCAUAAAAUACAUCACAUACUCAGGGUUCGUCAGUUAACUCAGUGAUAGCAGCUUAAGGAAAAGAGGUUGGGGACCACUGGUCUACAUGCUGCAAAAUUCCUAACACAUAGUAAGUUCACAGUAUGGUACAGACAAUCUGAGAUCCAAAGGUCCACUAAUGGGUUUCCAGAGCUUUCAAACACCUCUCACAGUCUUCAUUCAGCGCGUGCAGCUGACUCAGGUGUCAUAUAUCACCAACGUCUUAUCGAGACGUUUCAAACUGUACAUUGUUUGGUUAAAAGUAAAGCUAUUGCUCACCUACAGUUGAGACAGAAUGGAAAACUGAACUCUCUCUGAACCUCUAAAAUAUCCCGGUAAAUAAAAUCUAGAUAGUGUGGGACCCUUUGAACAAACCCUCUGACACACGUUGUAUGUUUCACACGGGGCUUUGUCCCCGGUUUGGCACCUUUAAACACUGAAGAAGCAUCUGAACACUGUAAACCUGUGAGGCCCGCUGUUGUCACAAAGCCAUAAUGUCACUUUUGUCGUUAUUGAUGAAUUUGUUGCCAGAUGAUCAUGUCAUGUGGGGGGAAACAAGCAGUAUUUGGGCUUUUAAAAUGGAAAUGAAUCCACGAAGGAACAAUAAAGAAAAUGCAUGAAAUUCAA